AUGUCAAAUAAUAUUUCAUUGACUUCAUUAUCAUUAACACAUGUAGAAUUCGAUUCAACUGACCCAAUUGCAUACAUAUUUGCGUAUAUAACUUUAUCACCUUUAGCAAUCAUGGUGGCAUAUGUAACCGUAAUAGUUUCCAGAAGAGAAGUUGCUGGUAUUAACAUUUUCAUAGGACAAUCAAUUUGUGAACUAUUUAAUGCCAUUUUGAAAAGAUGGCUGAGAGAAAAGAGACCAACAGAUAAACUUGGUACUGGAUAUGGUAUGCCAUCAUCUCAUGCACAAUUUAUUGCCUUUUUUGCAAUUUUUGCAAUUUUAUAUUUAUAUAACAGGAUUUAUUUAAAUUAUCAUACAACAAAACAAGUAUUAUUUGGUAAUUUAUUUGGAUCAAUAUUUGCAUUAGUAUGGUACAUAAUUAUAGAAUUAUUAAUUAGACCUUUAGGGUUCUAUAAAUAUUUAAUUAAUACAGAUUUGGCAAGAUCUUUUUAUUUAAGAGAUUCAGCUUUGGUUCCUGAUGUUUUGAGAUUUGAAUAUAUUUUUUGGGUGAAAUUCAAAGAUUAUAAAGAAAUAUAG